GUGAAUCGGUAAUUUGUCAGAAGAAAUAUUUUAAAAUAUAAAAUUUUUUUUAUUUCAAAUUUCAAAAAUUUACAAAAAAUAUAAAAAAAAACAAAACAUUUAAUAAUUAAUUAUUUUGGAUUUGUGAUCUACCAAUUCAUAUUAUAAAAAACUAUUUUAAAAAAAAUUGUUUUAAUGGAAUUUUUGACAAAUGAACAAGAUGUCGUCGUCAAAACUGCGACUAAGAGGUGUAAAAUAAUAAUGAAAAUUUUUACCGUGAAGUAAAUGUUGAUUUACAUCCAUUUAAAUAAUAGAAUAUUUAUAAGAAAAUAAGUUUCUUAAAGAAAAAAUAUUUUUAGUGUAUAUAAGUUGUUAAAAAUAUGGUUUGAAAUUCAAUUCCUUUGGGGAAAACAAUAUGAAUAUACUACCUAGAUAAUUUGAUUAGUGAGAGCUUUCAUAUGACUUGGAAAAUCAUCGAAAUUCAUCAUUGUUAUUAAAUUUUUUUUUUUGUGGAACUUGCCAAAUUAUAUUUUUACAUACUUAGCUAAUUUCGAAAUUUAAAAAUAAUAUUGUAUAACUUAUAUUCGUUAUAUAAAAAAAAAAAACAAAAUCAUAAAAAAUUUCGCAAUAACUUUAAAAAAUAAAAAAUAAAAGUGAUUUCUUAGGACAUUAUCAUAUUAAAAACUUUUCUCUUCUCUUUAUAUUCAAAAUAAAGCCGACUCUAUUUUAGUACGGGUACUAAGUGUUUCCUUUGUAGUAAAAAAAAAAAAAUAUAAAAAUGUCUACAUCACCAGGUCCAAAUUUAUUUAAUCAAUUAACUAGCCGUCAAAUGAAUUCCAGAUUUGGUGGUAUAUUUCCAUCAAUGAUAUUUAGAGAACGUUUAAAAAUUGCAAAAAAUCUUUACAAAACUGAUUUAGUUGGGCAUUAUGGUUGUGUCAAUGCAAUUGAAUUUAGUAACGGAGGUAAAUAUUUAGUUUCUGGUGGCGAUGAUAAACGGGUUUUGUUGUGGGAUGUUGAAAAAUCGCUAGCUGGAUAUGCUCCGCCAAUAUCAAUGGACAAAGAACAUCAAAGUAAUAUAUUCUGCUUAGGAUUUGAUAAAACAAAUUCAAAAAUAUUUUCUGGUGGUAAUGAUGAGCUUGUAAUAGUACAUGAUUUUGAAACGAAAAAAGUAGUUGAUGUUUUCAUACAUCAAAAACCGGUGUAUGGAUUGUCAGUUGAUCCAACUUGUGAUAGUAUUUUAGCAACUGCAAGUGAAGACGGAAAGAUUACAAUAUAUGAUCAACGUAAAAGUGCAGCAGUACAAAUAUUUGGGAAGUUCGGUGGAAGUCGUCAAGCAUCAUUCCAUGCAGUACAAUUUCAUCCAUAUGAUGGACAUUUUUUAGUAACUGCAAAUACAAGAAAGGGUGCUGCAUUUUGGGACAUAAGAUCCACAUCGAAGCCAUUAAUCCAAUAUGGAGGAGAAGAAAAUCAAAAAAGUUGUAUGAGUGUUCGUUUUAAUUCAACUGGAACUUUAGUUUUAGCACUUAGACGUCGCUUGCCCCCUAUAUUGUAUAAUACAAGUUCUGAUUCGCCAAUAUGCCAGUUCUAUCAUCCAGAUUAUUAUAAUUCAUGCACAAUGAAGAGUUGUUGUUUUGCUGGGGAAGAUGAUGAGUUUGUUCUUUCGGGUUCGGAUGAUUUUAAUUUAUAUGUCUGGAGGGUUGGCGAUGUUGACUUGGAACAAAGUCACCAGUGGAUCGAAAAAACUCAAAUGGUGUUAUAUGGGCACAGAUCAAUUGUAAAUCAAGUCAGAUAUAAUCCAGAAAAAUGUAUUUUAGCAUCAUCAGGUGUAGAGAAAAUUGUAAAGAUGUGGAGCCCCUUUGAGCAAAAGUCUUGGACAGGUAGUCUUGUAGACGAAGCUACCGGUUCAGAUAAUCCACGAGAAGUAUUUACACACGAUGCCUAUCUUUCUCUAGCAAGUGCAAAUAUGUCACAUGAUUAUAGCACUCAAAAUACCCAAGAGGAUUCGAGAAUGAUGGCUUUUUUUGAUUCAUUGAUACAACAAGAAAUAGAACAAUGGAAUACAACAAAUUAUUCCUCAGAUUCAUGCCAAUUUAGUAAUGAUAGCUCUGAGGAAAGAAGUACACGGCAUAGUUCUACUGAUGAUUCAGAUGAAGACGAAAACAUUAACAGUUUUUUUAUGAGUUCAAGAAGUCGGAAUCGUCGGGGAAGUGGCACAUCAGUUAAGCCUCAACGCAAUAAAUAUACAAAUCGAAUAGCUUAUUUAAUAGCAACAAAACGUAAUACUCUUAGGCGUUUGGCAUUAAAAGGUGCGUCUAAUUCUAGGCGUCGUCAAAAUAUAGUUAAAACCAAAAAAAAAAUACAUCAUCGAAAUCACGCCGGUCAGAAUGUGAGAACAAGUAGAAGUGGAAAUUCCCAAAAACGCACCGGUCGCUAUAUGCCCUCUAUGUCAUUUAGAAAUCGUACUAAUUCAAAUAACAGUCACAACCCUGAUAGCACAGAUUUGAAAACAAUGCGUCAGAAACGUUAUGAUGCGAUUUUCAGAGCAUUAAGAAGAAAACAUCGAAGUAGAAGGCAUAUUGAUCCAUCAGACAGUUCAUCAGAUGACGACGAUGACAUAGAUGUAAGUUUCAAUUACGAGCCAUCAAGAACCACAAAUAUUGCUAUACCAAGUACCAGUACUGGAAUCACUUCCAGUGGUCGAGAUAUAAUAAUUCGUUUGAGGCAACAGGAACAGCUUCUUGAUUCAGAAUACUACGACGAUGAUGAUGAUGAAGAUGAAAAUGUCAGUCACAGCUCUACAAUUCAAACUGCCCAGAACAAUGUUAACAAUAAUAAUAUCCAUAAUAAUCAUAAUGUCAUCCGGGACGUAGUCUUGAAUGGACGCACAAAUUAUAAUAUUAACAACAAUCACAGUAACAACAAUAACUAUAACAAUAACCGCAGGAAUACUAAUAAUUCUUACAGAAUGUUGCCAUCUGAAAGUGAUAAUAGUUCUUCUAAUGUAGAAACUGAAGCAGAAAAUCUUCCUACUAACAAUUAUAACACUGAACCUAGUGGAGCAAAUAAUACAAUUGCACUUACAGGGAAUUUGCAUAACAAUAUUCUAGUUGCUGAAAAUGUAGAAAACAAUGCAACAAAUUCAAUUGCUAACAAUAAUAUUAAUAACGAAAACAGUAUCACGAGUAGUAAUAAUAAUAAUCGAUAUAUUGAUUAUAGUAACAAUCACAAUAUUGAUAAUAAUAAUAACAACAACAUUAACUAUAAUUACAGUAACAAUAACAAUAAUAAUAAUAGCAAUGGUGAUAUUGUUAACAUUAAUAGCCAUGCCACAAAUAUAAACAACAGUUGCAUUUCAAACAGCGUUAAUAUAAAUGACGAUAUAGGAGGCUUAAGUAAUGUUAGCGAAAAUAAUCAGGGUGAUUGUCACAAUAUUGGAUCUGCAAGAAGUGAUACUGAUGUUACUCUUUACAAUAUUAUCCACAGCGAGUCGCCUAACUGUAGCAGUUAUAAAUGUGAUAAUAAAAAUAAUGAUAACAACAAUGCAAAUAAUAGCACUAAUAGUAAUAAUAACAAUAAUAUUAAUAACAAUAAUAAUAACAAUAAUAAUAGUAAUAACAAAAAUAAUGGCAGUAAUAAUAAUGAUAAUAAAAGCAACAAUAGUAAUAAUAAUAAUAGUAAUUGUAAUAAUAGUAAUAAUAAUAACGAUAAUAAUAAUAAUAUUAAUAAUAAUAAUAAUAAUAAUAAUAAUAAUAAUAAUAAUAAUAAUAAUCAUAACAAUAAUAAUAAAAAUAAUAAUAACAAUAAUAAUAAUAAUAAUAAUAAUAAUAAUAAUAAUAAUAAUAAUAAUAAUAAUAAUAAUAAUAAUAAUAAUAAUAAUAAUAAUAAUAAUAAUAAUAAUAACAAUAAUAAUAAUAAUAACAGUAAUAAUAAUAGUAACAAUAUUAAAAACGUUAGUAUUGACACUGUUGGUGAAGAUAUUUCACUCACCCGUAACAGGAACAAAGCUUAUAUGAACUGUUCCAACAACGAAAUAAAUAAUGGUAAUGAUAGAGUUGAAAAUUGUAAUGGUAAUAGCAAUAAUAGCAAUAAUACAAGUAACAAUAAAACUAUUAACGAUAAUGACAACAAUAAUGGUAAUAAUAGUAAUAAUAAUAACUCUGAUAAUAAUGGUAAUGAUAAUAAUAAUAAUAAAAAUAUUAGGGGUGAUAGCUAUAGAUGUAAUAUUGAUAACAAAAAUAUUACUAUUAGUGAUAAUGCAAUGGAAGAUGAUACCCCUAUGCACAAUGUAUAUGGUAAAAACUAUAACCAGAGUAUUGUAUGUGCAAAUAGACUUUCUAGGAAACGUAUAGCACCAGACAUAUCCGUUGUAGGUGAAUCAUCUAAUAGCUCUAAUUUUUCUGCAAAUAAUGCUUCAGAAAAUUUCAAUGGCAAAAAAAUCAAAAAUUCAAUUAAUCCAAGUUUGGAUGUAUAUUCAAGUCAUUCAAACUCAAGAUUAUCAAGCAGUGAUUAUUUAGACGAUGUUUCGAAUUCAUUUAGUAAUGAGAGUUCAGACUGUUUCAUUGGUAGUAGCAAUAGUAAUAAUAACCAUACAACAACAAUCGGAUUCAAGAAACGUCGAAUUUCGACAUCCGAAUCUAAAGAUACUAGUCAUUUACGGUUAAGAAUUGGAAAUAGUAAUAUUGGUAGCAAAAGCUCAGGUGAGGAGACUAUUAAUGAAAAUAAUAGAAAUUCGGGAAUUGAAGAAAUUUUUUGCAAUAAACCAAACGAGAAUAGCUUUGAGGAAUAUAAUGAUGUUGCCAAUAGUAAAAAUUUUUGCAAUAUUUAUAAAACUGAUAACAAAAGUCAAACCAAUAACGAUCUUGAACAAAAUGGUGGAACCAAAAAUUAUAACAAAUUUAAUGGUUUCUCAAGAACUUUUAUACCAAUCAAAUCUAAUAGUGGUAUGAAUAUUCCUGGGUUUACAUCAUCUUUAGCUAGAAAUACAGGACAUAGUAGCGAAAAUGGUAACAAUAUUAAUAAUAACAAUAAUAAUAUUAAUAAUAAUAAUAAUAAUAAUAAUAAUAAUAAUAAUGACUUAAAUAACAAUAUAAAUGAAAAUAACGAGAAUAAUAAUACUGUCAAUGACAUUAAUGAAGGCAAUAACAACCUUGACAUUAUUAAUGGGAAUAACAAUGAUAAUAAUAAUAAUAAUAACAAUAAUGAUAAUAAUAAUAACAAUAAAAACAAUGAUUAUAAUAAUAGUAAUAGUGAUAAAUUUUCUAUAAAAUUAUUUCACCAUAAUACAGCAAGAAUUCGUAGGAAUUAUAGAAAAAGAUAUGCUGAUGAUUCUGAAAGUGAUUAAAUAAAAAAUUCUUAAAAUGAAAAAUAUUUUCUUUACCCAUUAUUGUGAAAUCCACUUCGUUUCAACUAUUUUUGUUCUGUAUUUUAAAAAAUAUUUAAUAUUAUAUUGAAUUAUAUUUGUACUUUUUCUAAAAAUAUUCACAUUUGUUUGAAUUAUUAAAAAUAAACGGGUGCUAUUACAGCAUUCUGAAAUUCAUAUUUAUAAAAAUAAAAAGAACAAUUAUGGUUGAUAAUCUAAUAUUAUACACGUGCGACAUACAAUAUUAGAUUAUUAUUUGAUGUUACGAGAACAUUUCUAAAUGCUACCUGUCGCACAGUAUAAGGAAAAUCUUAAAUUUGAAACAAAAAUUAUUAAGAACAAAAAUAAAAAGAAAUUGAAGUUCCAGAAUUGAAGAAUUGAGCUUCUUUGUAGUUUGUAUACAGAAAUUUACGGCAAUUUAAUUAUAUUGAAAAUAUAAAUAUAAAAGAAGUAUGUAAUGGAAACUUCCUGUAUAUUUAUAUUAAUAAUCUAAAAAUUGGUUGGAAGCAGUUGCAGUCUUGUUUUAGUUUGAUUUUAAUUUAAAUAGUCUUAAAUCAUACUGCGUGUCAACUUAUUUCCAUUAUUUUUAUAUUUUAUUUUAUAAUUAACUUAAUUUUGAUAUUUGCUUCAGAGCUUUAUCAAAUUUUCUUCUAGCAAUAAAGAAGUUAUAUUGCCUUAAAAACGGCGCAAUCAAGUUUGAGUAAAAAGAAAAAAAAUACUUUACGCCUAAGUUUCAAUAAAAAAAAAUUAAUGGUAAUACCUCAGUUUAAUACAGUUCAGUUAAUUUGAUCACUGGUCUACUUAUUAAAGUAGCCAACGGUGUGAUUACUAAAUAUUACCGUUUGAACGGGGUUUGCCAAACAUAAAAGAUAUCGUAUCAAUUCUUAUUUAUUAGCAUUGCAUGAAUUAUUCAAAAAAAAUUCGGCUAUAUUGAAAGGUACACAUAUUAAUUAAUUUGCUUCAUUAGAACUUGCUGUGUAUUUUAAAUAUGAAUUCGCAAACAUACACAAUGUAUAAUAAUAAACAAUUGCUAAUGUAUUAUCCAAAAUAUUUUUGAGGUAUUUUUAUAUUAUUUUAUCUGUGGCUUUUUUUUAAAAUAACUUCGAAUUCCAACUAAAAUAAAAAAAUAAAUAUGUAUGUGAUUUAGAAAAUAAUUUAAAAAAUAGUGUAAAAAACAAGAAAGCAAAUCUUAUCUCUUAAAAAUUUAAAACCCAAAUAAUCUAAAUUUAAUAUAUAAUUAUAAAAAUGAAAAAAAUAUGUAAAUAAUAUUAUUAUUAUCAUUAUUAUUGUAAUUCUGUACAGCAUAUUUAUUUAUAUUACAGUCACUCAAAUAACGAUAUUUACAACAUAUUUAAAUGGUUUUCCUUUUUUCAUAAUUUAUACCGAUAUCUAAUUUGUAAUUUCAAUAUUACCGUAAAUUAAAGAAAAACUAAUUCAACUGUACGAUAAACAACUUAUAAUAUUAUAAUGGUUAAUCAGUUUUUGUAUGCGCAAAUUUUGAUUCUUUAAUUUGUGAAUUCAUAGAAUGGUUGUCUAAUUAUUUAUUUGAGAUUAGCUGUUCAAGCAAAGUUAGAGCGAUGUAUAUAAUAAGGGCUUAUUUCUCAAUAUCACAUUAAAUCGAGAUGAGAUAUGCAUAUAUACAUAUAUAUAUUCUCGUAUAUUUAUAAAAAAAUUUAUGAAGGACUAAUUUUACUUAUAAUAUGUAUUACAAUAAUAAUUUGAAUAUUAUUUUGAAGUAUUUAAGAUUUUAAAUUGAAAAAAUUAGAUAGUCCAUAAUAGGUGACUAAAAACAUUUCAAGUUUCUAAAAAAAAACCAUAUUUUCUUAAUAAAAUUUUCAG